AUGAAAGAGGCCUCUAGUACUGACAAAAUAUCUCAAAGAAUUCUCGAAAUAGUUGAUAAGUAUAAUUAUGAUAACGAGUAUUCUAUUGAAAGUUAUGUAAAUAUUGAAGGCUUAAAAGGUUGUAAAAUGAACGAAAUUGCAAAAUGCAUUUGCGAAACUAUACAUUAUAUGGAUUUGAAAAAAGAUGAUUCUCUCUUGUCUGGGAUAAUUGAUCUUCGCUGUGUUCCAGUACAGUUGAAAUCUCACCUUAUUGAAAGAGAAUUAUGGGACAGCGUAAACAAAGAAAUAUAUCUUGAAGAGUCAUUACCGUUUAUUGACGGUCAACCGGUUGAUCGAGGUCGGUUAUAUAAGGUUAAAUGA